UACGGUCGCAUAUAUAAUGAACCGUGUUCCUCCCCAAAUCCAUAAUGUACCAGAGAUUAGCACUGAUUCGUUUAGUAUGGUUGUGGUUAACUCCGGCUGAGCCGGGCGAGUCCGUCUCUGGAAAUGCCCUACGUCACACUCCGCAUACUGAUCCUGCCACUUUAACCUCCCCAUUCUCUCUCAAUAGAAUUAUACAGCUGAGUAUCCAAAAUGAGCAAACCUACCAAACGAAAGCUGCCAAGCGACAAGGAAAAUCUCCCAGUCGAGUCCCCCGACCAGCCCAUCCAUGUGCCACGUGGCGUCUUCAAAGGAAUCUUCAUCGUGUCCUCAAUAAUCCUAGUCCUGCUCCUCAUCUACAGACCAGCAGCAGUCUUCUCGGGGCCUAAAAAAAUCGCCGAAGCGACGCAGAUAUCUAUCAAGCCCAAUACAGGGCCACAAGAUGACUGCGAGCUGCCAACAACGCGAUACAGCAUCUACACCGGACAGACGGCAUGCUAUCCCAGCUCCGGCGGGAUCUGGGUGUCUGAUCUCGGUCCUGUGGAGCUGCAGUAUCUAGGCAUCAACCGCUUCAACACUACCUUGCGUUCUCUGUACCAGGUCGAAGAGGACAUGUUCUGUCGUGAGCUGCGCAAGUUCGGCGGCGGGUGGUAUAACCCCAAAUCCGGCAAGGAGUUGUUGGUUGGAGGGUACUGUCACGAAAUCGAUGAGUUUAAGCCUGUUUACUCGAUUGUGCGUGCGAUCGGGUUUGAGCAGGGUGGCGGGGUGUGGGUUCUUGGGGCUGAGAGGACUGGCCGGUUUCCAGCUGGGAUGGUGGCUGUGGGGAAUGCGCUGAAUAUGGCGGAGCGAACUAUGGCAUUGAGGAGCUUGGGAGCUGUUUAUUGUGCUGAUGUUGUGGGUUGUGGUCUUCUUGAGGAUUUGUCCAAGGAGCCGUAUGAACUGGCUAGGGAGAGGUGAUGAUCUGUAUAUUAAGAAUAUAAUUCUACAGCUGGGGUGAUGUUUUAGGAAUAGAACAAUCAGUAUCAGCUCAACAAGAGUGUCCUCUUCGACGAGAACAUCCCGAUUCGCGGGAUAAACCUUGGGAAGGCCGCUCUUAGACAGUCAGAUGUGGCACGGCUGAGUAAAGCCCAGUGCUUGGACUGUGCACCCAAGAUACAGUGUGG